ACAUUCAUUCAUCAAUGAAGAAUCAUUUCCCCUUAAUUAUUUUCUUAUGUUAUUAUCUUUUCGUCUCUCUUUUAUUUGGAUCGAAAUUUAUCUUCUCAAUACUUUCCUCUAUCGUUUUUUAAGCGUUGGAAAACAUAUACAAACUUGAUAUCUUUCACAUAAUCAUAUGUACUCCCCUACAAUGGAUGUACCUCUUCAAACGAAGUACACUCUAAGUCCCAUCACAAACAACAUCCCAAGAAGCCAUCGUCCGUCGCUUCUCCGUGCACGUGUUACGUGCUCUCUUACCCCCGCCAAGAAGUCUCAUCCUAACCGUGAGAAGCUCGUUCUUGAGAAACGCCUUGUGAACCCUCCUCCCUCCAACGACCCAACUCUACAAUCUACACUGACCCACCGGUUAUGGGUCGGAGCGGGUUGCACCACCGUGUUUGCCUCUUUUGCCAAGUCUAUUAUUGGAGGGUUUGGUUCUCAUAUCUUGCUCGAACCAGCUUUAGCCGGUUACGCAGGUUACAUCUUAGCUGAUCUUGGCUCUGGUCUAUACCACUGGGCCAUCGAUAACUACGGUGAUGAGUCAACGCCUCUAGUAGGAACCCAAAUCGAAGCUGCACGAGGUCACCACAAAUGGCCUUGGAUAAUCACCAUACGUCAAUUUGCAAAUAAUUCACACGCUCUGGCUCGUGGAAUAACCUUUACGGUUCUUCCACUAGUUCUUGCAUGUAAUGACCCGGUGGUUCAUGGCUUUGUGAGCAUGUUUGCAUUUUGCAUAUUGUUUUGCCAACAGUGUCAUGCUUGGGCUCAUGAAAGAAAGAGUAAGCUUCCACCUCUUGUUGUGGCGUUUCAGGACAUGGGGCUUCUCCUUUCACGAAGACAGCACGUGAAUCAUCACCGCCACCACCGUACGUAUAUGAGUUACUGCAUAGUGAGUGGGGUAUGGAACAAUGUUUUGGAUGACAAUAAGAUCUUUGAGGCAUUAGAAAAGGUGUUAUAUGUCCAGUUCGGGGUGAAACCUAGGUCAUGGAGCGACCCAAACUCCGAAUGAACAUACGAAUUUGAUAUCUCCAACAACCUAGCAUAUACAUUAAUCAUCCAGACAAAAAUAUUUGAUACAAUUUCUUAAAUAAGUAAAUCAUUAAACGAUAUAUUCUCCAUCUUUUGUUUUAUCUUAUUUCUCUUGUAAUAAUGUUCUUGUAUUGUCUCAUAUAAAGUCUCGAAUACCUCUUUUGUUUCUCUAUUUGGAAAGCAUUUUCCCACAAGCUUAAUGGGAACAUAGAACAUGGUGUUUUGCUGGAAAAGUAAAUAAAUAAAUAAACCAACCAAUGAAAAAUUCCUAAAUUUACAGCUUC